UCAUCGCGUCGGUGCGCUCAAUCCGGAAGUGCGGAGAGAAGUUACUUCACUUUCGAGCGUCGUGUGCCUUUAAUGAAGUUUAACUGUAAACGAGUAAAGCAAGUUAAUACUCAAUGCGCUUUAAUUCUUGUUUUAAAUUUGCUAUUUAAACUGAGACUGAGUAGUUUGAGCAGAAUGGAUAUGCCUCACCUGACGGAAGACGAAAUGGCCGAAGUGAAGAAGAAUGCUCUGGAGUCUCUUCGUCCAUACCUGGUAGAGAAGCUGCUUGCAGAGAGGCACUAUGAUUACCUGCGCUCGAAGAAGAUCCUGACACGAGAGGACACGGAGGAAAUCAACUGCAGGAGCACACGGGGAAAACGCGCCGGUAAAUUACUCGACCUCAUCGCUGAGAACCCGCGAGGUCUGGACACACUGAUUGAGUCAAUCCAGCGCUGCCAAACACUCAACUUCAUCAUCGCCAAGAUCACUGACGAGGUGCAACGGUGCAAGAACGAGAAGAUUGAGGCACUCAGAGCAGCGGGUGUGUCCAACUCAACUUCAAAGGACACAUCCGGAGCCACAAACAACCUGUCGAAGGCAGACUUCUAUGAUUACGAUAAGUGCUCCACUGUUUGUCUCCACCCUGAUGGGGAACGAAGUCCCGCCUCUUCUGUAAUGAGCAGCUCUAUGAACCUCUCUUUUGCUGUGAAUCAGCAGAGGGGGCAGGACUGCAUGUCAGUGAGUGGCGUUGCUAGCCUAACGACAUCAUCCAGCCUUCCCAGGCCUGGUGAUCCUGGAGCCCCACCUCUUCCUAAUGACAUCACUGUGGAAGACCAGGAUGCAGAAGCAGGUGCUUGUGGGAGCACAGGAAGCAGUGGGGAUGCGAACUUUCUGCCGCUCCGCUCCCGUUCCUUAAACCUGUCUGUUGAUAAUGCACUCUGAGAGUUAAAAUACAAUCGCUGUGUUUCAGUCCUGUUUUUUAACACACUCUUGUUGACUUCCUCUGUGUUUCACAACUGUGCACUCCUUUCGAGCAAACACACACAAAUGUGAUGGAGCUAAAAUAAUUUAUCUGGAAAUUUAAGUUACAUUCAAAUGGAAGUUAUUUCUAGCAGACAGGGCAGGGUUUUUGCUUCACAGCUCCAGAGUCCCAGGUUUUAGUAUCUUCUGUGCUGAGAUUCACAUGUCCUUCCUGUGUUUUAUCUGGGUUUCCUCCAGGUUCUCUGGAUUGGCUAUGCUAAAGUGUCUUUACGUUUGCGUGAGCAUCUGACUGUGUGUGUGUGUUGUUGUGUGUGUGUGUGUGUGCGUGCAUGCACGAUGCCUUGCAAUAGACUGGCGUCCCACCUGAGGUGAUUCGUGCCACCUUGUGUUUCCAGCUGGUGAUUGGCUUUUACCUUGAACAGGAUAAAGUGCGAACUGAAGAAGGAAUGAAUUCAUUUAUUGCUAUUUAAACUUCAGCUACUUCCACUGUUCUGUAAAAAUGGCAGUAAAUUUGGUUCCUGAAGUCGACAGUGAUGGGCAGGAGAAAUAGCUGAGGGGAAGUGUACGAGGGGAAGUGUUAAAAACAGGAAUGAAACAUGGCUGCUGGUGAUGGCAUGGUGGCAGUGUUCUCAGGGAUCCAUGUAAGGACCAGAUUAAUGUAGUAAAUCCAGGUUUGGACUGAUUAACAAUUGUGUUCCACCUGACCAAUCCCAACCCUAUUUUCUGGGCCCUCUAAUAAGUGCUUACCAACAUUUUCCAUCACCUUUACUACAGUCAAACGUUCAGCAGUUUAACAGGCUAGUGUUUUCUGAGGGCAUGUUUUUAAUUUGAAUCUCCAAAUGUCUGAGGUAUCAUCCAACACCUGACAGAAAUAAUAAUGACCAGAAAAACCCACACAAGGUCCAUCAAGGCCACUGUUUUGCAUGAUGUAUACAUUAUUCAGUCAGUAAUAAACAUUUAUAGAUGUCACACAUGGCGGCACGGUGGUGUAGUGGUUAGCGCUGUCGCCUCACAGCAAGAAGGUCCGGGUUCGAGCCCCGUGGCCGGCGAGGGCCUUUCUGUGCGGAGUUUGCAUGUUCUCCCCGUGUCCGCGUGGGUUUCCUCCGGGUGCUCCGGUUUCCCCCACAGUCCAAAGACAUGCAGGUUAGGUUAACUGGUGACUCUAAAUUGACCGUAGGUGUGAAUGUGUGUGUGAAUGGUUGUCUGUGUCUAUGUGUCAGCCCUGUGAUGACCUGGCGACUUGUCCAGGGUGAACCCCGCCUUUCACCCGUAGUCAGCUGGGAUAGGCUCCAGCUCGCCUGCGACCCUGUAGAACAGGAUAAAGCGGCUGGAGAUAAUGAGAUGAGAUGAGAUGUCACACAUUACUUUUCUAAUAAAUAAUUACAUUACAGAGGAAUAUGUGGAUGUCAGUAAAAAAAAAAAAAUCAUGAAUUCUGUCAGGAAUUAGCUGCAGAAACAAAAGUGAGUCUCCAGAAGAGCUACAGAUUCUCCAGGAUGUUUAUAAAAAAAAUGGACAAUUUCCUUAUAAAAUUGUACAAAGGCAUACCUGAGAUUACUGAUGCUUUUCUAAAAGUAAAGGGAUUCAAUUUUUUUUCAAUUCAGUACCUCAUUGUAUCAAAAUAUACAUUAAACUGACUGUAAAACAUAUACAUUAACGGUCAACAAACACACUUCGUAUGUACAAACAAAUAUGAUGAAGCUACACAUCUCAGUGUCUCACCAUCAUAACUCCUGUAUAAAAUGAACACAUUAUUCAGUCUUCUCCUGAAAUCAGUAAUCCACUGUGUUUUACAGCCAGGUGCACUGCACUGUGUCAACGAUUUUACUCAUUCAAUGAGCCCAACGUGGAAAGGUGCCUUCCUCACAUGUGUAACUUAGCCUCAUGGAGUAUCUACUUUUUCAUAUCUAUGUUUUUUAAAUUAAAAUAUGACUUGACCAAUAA